UCUGGGUCUUGAGUGGAGGCGGGGCCUCCCCAGAGGCCAGUGCGCAGCUGAGGAGCUCCAGCUAAAGUUUGCUCCACCCCCAGGGACUAAGAAAGCCACCAUGGAGGGCUACCAUCGGCCCUGCGAUGAGGUUGGCUUCAAUGCUCAAGAGGCACAUAAUAUAGUCAAAGAGUGUGUUGACGAAGUCUUGGGUGGUAACGACUACAAUCAGAAUAGCAUCAACCAAUGGACUGCAAACAUAGUGGAGCAAUCCAUAGCACAUUUGGUCAAACUGGGAAAAGCUUACAAGUACAUUGUGACCUGUGCAGUAGUCCAGAGGAGUCCUUAUGGAUUUCACACAGCCAGCUCCUGCUUUUGGGAUACAACAUCUGAUGGAACCUGUUCCAUCAGAUGGGAGAACCGUACAAUGAGCUGCAUCGUUAACGUUUUUGCGGUCGCAAUUGUCCUGUAACCUGUAAUGCACUAAAUGUGUUGGGUUAAGGCUGUUAACUUAAGUUUGUGAGUGUAUCCUUUCUAAAAAGAAUAACAAUUACUUAUUAAUGUGCUAGAUUACAAGUAUGAAAUAUGCUUCAAAGCUAUCAACAGAGAACUGAAUAUUGUAAGCAGAAGUCUAAUAGGAAGUUGGCAGAUUAUCUCAUAUUCUAUACAGCAUCAUUUAAGGACAUAAACUGUUAGCCAACAAUUAAUGCAGAAAUAUGGCUGACCUAAAAUUAGAAUCUUCUACUUAUACAAGCCUUUCACUGGCAUUAUGUUCCCACAAAGAUGGGGAAAUCUACAUAGAUACUAACAUUAACAUUAACUAGAAAACACAACAGGAAUAAAUAUAUGAACAAAAAACUACAAGGAGAAUUGCAGAGAAAAUGACAAGAAUUACCUAAUACCUUUCUGGUUUAAGGUUUUUUUUCCUUUGUUGAAUUUCAUAUAGUAGUUUAUGGGAAGUAACUUUCACAUACACACACAUCAUCUAACCAGUUUUGUUUUCCUGAGAACUGGCAAAUCUAUUGAUUUUUUUUUUAAUGUCAGUUUCUUAAACUUACACUUGAGGUGGAAUUAAAUAUGAUUGACCAUGUUUCCUGGGUAAGCAAAAUUAGUUAAGUAUAUGGUCAACAGUGUAUGACUCAGACAACUGCCUUACAAUCCACCCCUUCCACGAGAGACGGGUAUCUAUUGGAUGUGUGCUCUGCAUGUUUCUCUGCCAGGCAGCCAGCUUUUAACGUGGUGGUCACGUGGCAAGUUUGUUUUGGCAGCUGUUCAGUUGGAAAACCAGCGUUUAUGUUUGAAGGAGAACGAAAGAAAGAAAGGGAAAGAGUCUGGCUCUCCAUGGAAAAUUAACCAGAAGGAAAGCGAUAGUUGGUGACAGAAUUAUAGAUACAGUUUUUAAGGGUUGCUUCCCACAAAGUAAUACAUCAAAUACACAACUCUUACUCAAACGCCUUAUUAAUAGUCUUAGCUAUACAGUAAUAAAUUUUAUCAUUGAAUUAGUUUCAACUAUGUAUGAGUAAUUUAAAAUACUUAUGUAGAAUUAGGACAAGUGGAGUAGAAUAUACAUUAAAUAUGAACAAUCAUUAGCAGGUUAUUUAACAUCUCAGGGCUUAUGAAAUACAGUUCAAUUUAUUAAGAAAAUCAAAGAUAAAUAUUAGGAUACACAGCUGGCCACCAAAUGCAAAGUCAGUCCGCCAUUUAACCUUGAAAAUGAAAUCAAUUUCGUAUAUUACCAUUGACACACAAUCCAUGUAAACACUGGAAUCACAUGUCAUUGAAAUUUUAGGGUAAGGAAAAGUUUCCUAGUAGUGGAAACAACAAUAAGACAGGAUUCUUGUAUGAGGACUGUGCACAUGGUCGACAUUUUGCAGAAUAACUGUAAUGACAAGAUUGCAAAGAUGGGGUUUAAUGAGGUGACCUGUAGCUUUGGCACAUCCAGAGUUCUUCGUCAUUGCCUUUAUGUUACUCUAUGCGGCUGAUCUUGUACCUUGGGAGAUUGUAACAGUGACCAAAUUAUCUGUGCAGUUAAGGCUUAUCCUUUGAUUAUUGUUGUUGAAGGUGCGUUUUAAAAUCAUCAAAUCAUACCUCGUGAGCUUGCUAUCUGCUGUUUCUAGUUAAAAAUAUAAUAAAGACUAUCUUAUUGUGCUGAA